GCCCUAGGGGAUAGUGCUUUUUCGGUCGUCGUGGGUUGUCAAAUUACAACUACAAAGUUUGAGAAGUUAGGACACUAUGGCUAAGCAAGGAGAUAUGGGAAAAAUUGAAUCAAAGACUAGAGCCGAAUUGAUUGAUCUUUUCAAUAGACAACAGAUGGUAUUGUCACAUAAGAAAAGGCUUGAAGUACUUCCAGAUAAAGGUAAAAAAGUUCAACUUUUAGCAGACAAGCUACAACAACUCAUUGCAGACUAUGCAACACCAAUGGACGACACUGCAAAUCUGUUUGAUCAACUUGACAUUGGUACAACCAAAACCACACCGCAUGCUGUCAAGAACGCAUUUCUGAAUACAGACUCACCCAGUUCAAGCUUCAAACCGUACAGAACUUUGAAAACGAACAAGAUAUCAGACUUAGGGGAGGGAUAUGAGCGGCCCCAGGCUCCGCCCUCUCGAGGUGGAACUCCUCGCCAAACGGUUGAGGGACAGCCUCCUGAGGUUUCUGCAGUUCGUAUACCUCCACUUAGACACCCAGGAACAAAAGCUCUUAAUGUGAAGGAGGCUGGAGAUCUCUUGCAGACACAGAAGAGCAAAGUGGAGGCAUUAAUGGCUCAACAAGCUGCAGAGAGAUUAUCAGAGAGACUGGACAUUAGGAUGGGUGAAUACAAACCAUUAACACCAGGCAGGUUCAGAGAGCAAGAGACAGAUAGUGAUGACAGCAGUGAUGAUGAUGAAGAUGAUGAUGAAGAUGAUGAUGAGGAGGAGAAGACAGAGCAAGCAACCUGACAGACAAGACAGUGGUACAACAUUAGAGAAAGACCGAUUCUUCGUCACCCUUUCAGGCCCAAUGGUGACUUUAAUCCACUGUGUAUUAUAUGGUGGCUGUUUAGACAACUGUGCACUAUACCCUGCGUGAGCCCCAAAGGUGACUUUAGUCAUCUGUGCACUAUACCCUGCUUGAGCCCCAAUGGUGACUUUAGUCCACUUUGCACUAUACCCUG